AUGCCCUUCGUGAACGUGACGAUAGAUCCGGAGCUGGACGUUGUAGCCCCCGUGGCGUUCUUCGUAGCCCAGCGGAUAAUCGUAUUGGAAAGUAUCCUGCUCCUUUCUUUAUACGCUCUUUUACUCUGUACAUACUUGGCGUCCUUGUAUUAUCUUUGGAAACACGGUCUGCGCUCGAUACUCCACAAGGUGCACUUGGUGACCGUUAGCGUCAUGUUCGGUCUUACCACGGCAUACAUCGUAUCGGACCUGCUCUACACGAUGGAUUUGUUCGACUUCAUAUUGACUCGCGGCAGUAGCUCGCCCGCUCGCGCGGCGCACAUUGCCGAUGACCUUGCGUUUGCGACCUUUUCCACCACCGUUGUCUUGGGUGAUGCCAUCAUCCUCUGGCGUGCAGCCUUGGUAUGCACAUGGCCGCGGUGGUUGAAGCUUUUUUGCGUCAUUGUCAUCCUAGCACAGGAGGCCUCCUGGGUAGUAAGCAAAUUGCGCGGGUCUAUCAUUGUACCUGAGGUCAUAAGCCUGGCCAUUAGCCUGGUUGCCACCGUCGCCAUCUCGGCUAGGGCAUGGCAGCAUCGUAGGAUGCUUCAUGAGAAGAUCGCUAUGGUCUCACGGCGGAGUGCCCUUGAGAGCAUUCUAGAGAUUCUAACGGAAACAGGCAUUUUGUACACAGCACUUUGGGCCGUUUACAUCGCAUCUCAUGUUCCAAACCCUCAUAAUGUCACAUUCCGUGCUGUCAUGACUGCUGUCAUGACAAUUGUCGCACCUCUCUACCCCACGCUGAUCGUCAUUGUCGUCGUUCGACACAAGUCACAUCUUGAGCAUCAGCUGACAAGCAUCGAACCAUUGACAGUGACGGACCCUGAACGUCUAGAUUUUCUUCCCCAGGAGGAUUCCACAGUCGGAAGCCACUCGGAAUUCAACCCGUAUGACAUGAUACAAAAGGACAAUACAGCGGGAACUCGGACAGUACUGUAA